UAUUAUAUUUCCAACCUUCUUUUUCUUCUUCUUCUUCUUUCUUUCUUUCUCCAUUUUUUUUUCUUUCUUUCUUUCUUUCUUUAUCGUUUCAUCGCUUUUCCUUUCUCGUCUCUCUUCAAAGUUUUCAUCUUUACGUUUUUCCCAAUUAGGGUACUGUGUUUUUCUGUUUGGUUCCUGAGAAAAUCUCUGAUUAGGGGGAAACCUGCUGAUUCGGUGGACUUCAGUUGAUUUUGCAGCGUUUUUUUCUCUUGGGGGGGUUUUGUCCGAUCAUUAAUGGUCAAUGUAGGUCAAUGUUGUUCCGAUUAGGGUUUUGAUUCCUCAUCUGAAAUUGGGGAUUUGGGGUUUGUUGUUGUUGGAAGAAGGUUGAUUUGCUUUCGUUGUAAUUUUCUGUAACCUCAUUUUUGGAGGAUUGCGUUGAAAAAAGAUUGAAUUUUUUUUUUCUGAUUUCGAAUUGGGUAUUUCGGAUUUUCCAUCUACUUCGGUUGAUUUUGAUCUGAUGCUUGGUUUGGGAUGUGUAUUUAGUUCUUUUGGCGAUUUUUUUGGCUCAAAAAGAUAGGAUUUUUUUUCUUUGGAUAGAUUUGGGGCAUUGUUGUUGGCUGGAUAUGAGGUUAUGCUCAAAUAAAGACUAGAUUGGGCAUAAAUCAUUGAAAAAGUUAGCCAUUAUUAGGCUUUGGAUCGAGGUGUUGUUGAGGUUGGAUUGAUCAUGGAGCAUGUGAUUGGUAACAGGUUUAAGCUUGGAAGGAAAAUUGGUAGCGGUUCAUUUGGAGAGCUUUAUCUAGGUGUUAAUGUUCAAACAGGAGAGGAGGUUGCUGUGAAGCUGGAACCUACGAAGACGAAACAUCCCCAGCUUCACUAUGAAUCGAAAUUGUAUAUGCUUUUACAAGGAGGAACUGGAGUUCCUCAUAUCAAAUGGUUUGGAGUUGAAGGAGAGUACAAUGUUAUGGUUAUUGACCUUCUUGGACCAAGUUUAGAAGAUUUAUUUAAUUAUUGCAAUAGGAAAUUGACAUUGAAGACUGUAUUGAUGCUCGCCGAUCAAUUGAUCAACAGAGUUGAAUACAUGCAUUCAAGAGGUUUUCUUCAUCGUGACAUAAAGCCUGACAACUUCCUAAUGGGUUUAGGACGCAAAGCCAAUCAGGUAUACAUCAUUGAUUAUGGCCUUGCAAAGAAGUAUAGGGAUCUUCAGACUCAUAAGCACAUACCUUACAGAGAGAACAAGAACCUCACAGGCACAGCUCGCUAUGCAAGUGUCAAUACUCACCUUGGAAUCGAACAAAGCAGAAGGGAUGAUUUGGAAUCUCUUGGUUAUGUACUUAUGUAUUUUCUGAGAGGAAGCCUUCCUUGGCAGGGAUUAAAAGCUGGCACAAAAAAACAAAAAUAUGAUAAGAUUAGCGAAAAGAAGGUGUCAACUCCCAUCGAGGUGCUGUGCAAGUCAUAUCCAUCAGAGUUUGUGUCUUAUUUUCACUACUGUCGUUCAUUGCGGUUUGAAGAUAAACCGGAUUAUUCAUAUUUGAAGAGACUCUUCAGAGACCUAUUUAUUCGGGAAGGUUAUCAAUUUGAUUAUGUGUUUGACUGGACCGUAUUGAAGUAUCCCCAGAUUGGUGCCAGCUCUAAAGGACGGCAUGUCAGUGGAAAACCCGGUUUGCACGCUGGACCAUCUGUAGAAAGACCAGAAAGAACCUCAGUUGGGAAAGAGAUCCGAGAAAGAUUCUCGGGUGCAGUUGAAGUAUUUUCCAGGAGACAUGUCUCGGGUUCUAGUCCGCGAAAUGAUCAACCAAAGUACAGGACUCAUGAAGAAGUACCUUCAUCGAAAGAUGUGCGCCCUGAUUCAGAAAGAGCACGUAGUUCUUCUCGAUAUGGAAGCACAUCAAGAAAAGCUGUAAUCUCAAGUAGCAAACCGAGCUCUUCAGCCGACCACAGUGAUGGUCGAAAUGGUCGUGUAGUCUCAAGUAGUGGUCGUCCUUCAACCACACAAAGGAUUCUGCUAUCACGCAGCGGAGGAGCUGGAAGAGGCACCCGAGAUGAUCCUCUCCGAAGCUUUGAACUCCUUUCCAUCAGAAAGUAAUAUUAUUCGGGCCGAAAGGGAGUCUCUGUUGUUAUCUACUACUAAAAGAACAAUUUCUUUGCUCAUCUCAUGGAUACAUAAUUACCACCCCUUCUAUAUGUGAUGAACUACUUGAUUUUUUUCUUUUUUCUCUUUUUAACUAUCAAAUUCAUGGUAAAUGGGGGGUUGUUGUGUCUUCUAAUCGCCGCCACGGUUACAUACAACGGAAAAUACCAUGUCGUAUAUCGAUUCUCCCCCAUGCAUUUUCAUUCUCACUUUUUUCUCAAUGUGAAAAAAAAAAGCUCUUGGCUUUGGUAAUGGGUGUCUUGAUAUGUAUCCAUCCCCCUUUGUAGCAGAGAAUUUCCUUUUUUUUCUGUUGUAUGAGAAUUAUUUUGUUGACUUGAAAUAAUGACUUAUCUUCAUUAUACUUCCAUCUUUUGAAUUGAGACCAACCAUGGUUGAGUA